AUAAAAAUAAUUAUUAUAUAAUAGUGCUCAAAUAAUAAUUAAUUAUAAUAAUGAUUGGUCGAGCAAUCUCGAAGCUCGAAGCCCAACUCGUAACUGGUUAUCCUACAAGGUUCUCGUCUCUAAUUUAGCUCUAAAAUGAAUAUGUUCAAACUUAAUCAAACACCUUCCACAAACACUUCUCAUCUCUAAUUUUCAAUGCAAAUUCGAGUCAACCAAGAGAUCUCUAGUUGACUAGACGAACAUUGAUAAAUUUGCUUCCGGAGUCAACCCCGAACAAUCUCUACAUCAAUAAUAACUACAAAAAAAGAAAUUGACAAUAUUAAUUAUUAUAUAAUUAUAUAAUUAUAAUUAUAUAAUAAUUAAAAAUCCAUAAUUUUCACUCUCACCCCUCCCCCCUCUCUUCCUUCCUUCCCUUGCACCCCAAUUUGGAGGGUAGGCCGAAACAGUAACUUUGCACUCCCGUUUUGCACCCCUACUAUUACAAAUUAUCCAAACAGGUGCAAGUGUUUUGGAAACUGUGUUUACCCCUCCCAUUUGCACCCUCCUCUCAUUUGCACCUAUUCCCAAACAGAGUGUAUAGGAUUGGUCGGUCUAUGUGCUAGGUGUAUAUACAAGUUUAUUUUCCAUGUUGUAGUUGGAUUGCACCAUAACAAUCCUUCUUUCAAAACAAGGAUCACGACUUUUAUAUCCACCAUUUAUCGAUUGUCUUUAUUCGUCGAGCACCUUGUAUUGACAGGAUCUUCGACACAAGGAUUUAUCGAUUUACCAUAUGUUUAUAUCCACUUGAUCCGCCAGACAUAUUAUUAAACAUUGAUCUUCCUAGAUCCGCCAGACACAUGCACAUCUCAAAUCUCAAGGUCGUCAUGUGAUGGUCCGCUUUGACAUUUACCGCCCUCGAUCCGAACCCCAAACCAGGCUUGUAUACUGGUUGUUGAAAUCGUAUAACUCUAUUAGUAUAAUAUUGUCCACUUUAGACCAAACUCGCUGAUUUUACUUUUGGGUUCCUUUCAAAAAAACUUAUACUAUUUGAACUAGAUGGACACUGAUACACAAUAGUUCUUUCUCUUAUAUCUCUAUUGUAAUACUUGGAUUUGGAUUGUACCGCAACAUAUGAACUACAAUUUUUGUAUGUGUCCUUUAUGAUCUUAGUGUAUACUGAUUGACCAUCAAUUCUCAAGCAUUAUUUGUCUUUCCAUGUACAACGAAGACAUUAGAAAAUAGUAUUUCAAAUUCACUUGUGAAAUUUCAUCAAUCAUGAACGUGUAAUCAACUAAUCAUCUUACAAAUGCGCACACGGCAGGAGAAAAAAAAUCGAUGAGGGGUGCUCUCACCGCUCUCCUCCGACUGGGGGAGAACCUAGGAAAACUGAUAUUCACCAUUGGGUGCUCGAUCCUAGCCUGCUGCUUGAAGAACCAGAAUCACAAUGGUCAAGGGGGGACAUCAAUAGAAGGCCUGUUUUCUGCGAUCCGAAAGGCUCAAAGCUGGAAAACAGGGUUCCCCAGCCAACUCCCUGCAUCCGCCGUCAAUGUGUUGAUGGUGCCGUGCACAAGGAAGGCAGUUCCGUCAAACGGAACAGGAAACGGAAGCUCGGGCUUGUCUUGACAGAGAGUAGGAAGAUACUCUCGAAAUUAAGAAACAUAGGCGUCAUAC